AUGCUUUGGAUUUGGACUUUGCUGGUUACGACGGCGGCGGCGGCCAGUGUGGACGAGCUGGUCGGGACCUGGACCACCAAGUCUCGCAACGUUUUCACUGGACCAGGCUUCUACGAUCCACUUCAAGACCGAUUCCUCGAGCCUAACCUAACGGGCAUCUCAUACUCUUUCUCCGCGGAUGGAUACUAUGAAGAGGCGUUGUACCGGGCCCUAGCCAAUCCCGCCGACCCGUCAUGUCCGUCCGGAAUUAUGCAGUGGCAGCAUGGUUCAUACGAACUGUUCUCCGAUGGCUCCCUCAUCUUGACACCGAUUGCCAUCGAUGGGCGCCAGUUGCUCUCGGAACCAUGCAGACAGGGCAUCAGCAGCUAUACACGAUACAACAACACGGAGCAAUUCAAGGGAUACUCCGUUCAAGUCGAUGAUUUCCAUGGCAUUCAACGCCUCGAUUUAACUCAAGCAGAUGGCAAGAUCAUGCAACCCAUGUAUCUCGCCUACCUACCGCCCAAGAUGCUCCCUACCUCAACUUUGAACCCGAUGCCUAGGGGUUCUCGCAAGAAGCGUGACUUGUCCGGGUCUGGCUUUCGUCUGGUCAUUAAAGAGGAGCUCAUCAACCCGGAUCGAUGGUGGUGGUUUGGUGUAUUAAUGACUUCUCUCGGAGGAUUGGCGUUUUUCUGCUCGUAA